AUCCCGGUCCAGCCAGCUCUCUCCGGCUAGCUCCGGCCCGGGGCCACCCCCGUCCCGCCCCCGCAAAGCCGGGGUACCCAAGGUUCUGCGCCGCGACCCUCCGCACCCCUGCGAACAUGGCGCUGCUAGCGGCGCGGAGCGUGCGGGCCGCAGUCUGCAGCCUGCGCGCCGUCUCUGCGCCCGCCGCACCCUGCCUGCCGCGGCCUUGGGGGCUGCGGGCGGGCGCCGUCCGGACGCUGCGCACCGGCCCGGCUCUGCUCUCCGUGCGUAAAUUCACAGACAAACAUGAAUGGAUAACGACAGAAAACGGUGUUGGAACAGUGGGAAUCAGCAAUUUUGCACAGGAAGCUUUAGGAGAUGUUGUUUACUGUAGUCUGCCUGAAGUUGGGACAAAAUUGAACAAACAAGAGGAGUUUGGUGCUUUGGAAAGUGUGAAAGCUGCUAGUGAACUCUAUUCUCCUCUAUCUGGAGAAGUUACUGAAAUUAAUGAAGCUCUAGCAGAAAAUCCAGGACUUGUCAACAAAUCUUGUUAUGAAGAUGGUUGGCUGAUCAAGAUGACACUCAGUAAUCCUUCAGAACUAGAUGAACUAAUGAGUGAAGAAGCAUAUGAGAAAUACAUAAAAUCUAUUGAAGAGUGAAAAUGGAACCCUUAAAUAAACUAGUUUGAAACAACUUAAUCUAGAUAGUUGUCUUAAAUUAGUGGUGGAUAGAAGAUUUUUAAAAAGCAGCUUUUAGUAAAAGAAACUACUUGCAACAAUGUUACCAGAAAAUACCCCUUAACUAACAGCAUCAAAUAAAUACUGUGCAUCUUUUUCAAAGCACCCUGUGAUUUUUAGGCUAGGCUCUAGUUAUAACAUUCAGAAUUUCUGAAAUUAUCUGUGGUAAAAACUAGUUAUAGUUAUAAAAAAGUAUGUAAUUGAAGGGUAACAUUGUCGUCUUAAGCCUUAUAUAAUAUUGUAACUUGCUUACAUACAUCCCUGGAUUUGGGGUGAAAAUACUUAAUGAUCUUCCCACUGGAAAUAACUGGCAAUAGAGAAAAGUUUUUGUUAGUUGUACAGUGUCAGAUGAAGAACAAACAGUACUAUCUUAAUUUUGCAAUAUUCUGUGUUUGCUGGUGCUAUUUUUAUACAAUGAAGCAACAGCCUUGCAGGAAAAUAAGAAACAGUUUAAUAAAAUAUUCAACUUCUUAA